AUGGUUAAGAAAGUGUGUGCGAUGUUAUUAUUGGCGCUCGCCAUGUUCGGAAGUGCUCUCGCGAAACCAGGAUACGCAGGACAUGGAUAUGUGGAUUAUUAUGAUCAUCCAAAAUACGCCUUCAAAUACGGCGUCGCUGAUCACUCCACAGGCGACAUCAAAUCCCAACACGAAGAACGCGACGGCGACGUUGUCAAAGGUCAAUAUUCUCUCGUCGAAGCUGACGGCUCCAUCCGUACUGUCGAUUAUACCGCCGACCCGAUCAACGGAUUCAACGCCGUUGUCUCGAAAUCCGCGCCAACUGUUCAUGCUGUCGCUCCCGUCGUGAAACACGUUCCCGUUGUGAAGCACGUGGCUCCCGUUGUUCCUGUCGUGAAACACGUCGCUCCUGUCGCUCACGUGCCCGUGUACAAAUCCGCUCCCAUCGUCAAACACUACGUCGAUCCCUAUGUCCAUCAUGCGCCAGUUCAUGUUGCCAAGACAUCCCAUUACACUCAACAAUACCACCCAACAGGUCACUUCUCUGACUAUGGCCAUUACGAUGGAGGACAUUACGAUUAUUACUAA